AUGGGGAGAGGGAAGAUUGAGAUAAAGAGAAUAGAGAACACAACAAACCGACAGGUGACUUUCUGCAAGAGAAGGAAUGGACUGCUGAAGAAAGCUUACGAGCUCUCUGUUCUCUGCGACGCUGAAAUCGCUCUCAUCGUCUUCUCCAGCCGCGGCCGCCUCUAUGAGUAUUCCAAUAGCAGCACAAAUUCAACAAUCGAGAGGUACAAGAAGGCAUGCGCUAACAGUUCAAACUCUGUUGUGGAGGUUAAUUCUCAACAAUACUAUCAGCAGGAAGCAGCAAAGUUGCGUCAUCAGAUACAGAUUUUGCAUAACACAAAUAGACACCUUAUGGGCGAGGGUUUGACUUCGCUGUCCAUAAAGGAACUUAAGCAACUAGAGAGCAGACUUGAACGAGGCAUCACAAGGAUUAGGUCAAAGAAGCAUGAAAUGCUGUUUGCGGAAAUUGAGUUCAUGCAAAAGAGGGAAGAAGAUCUACAGAAUGAAAAUAUGUAUCUCAGAGCCAAGAUAACAGAAAAUGAGAGACAAGCAAACAUAGCCACAACUGCAUCCGCACUUGAUACUCUUUCCACAUUCGAUUCAAGAAACUACUACUCUGUCAACAUGUUGGAGGCAGCAGCCAAUUAUCACAAUCAAGACCAGACUGCCCUUCACCUUGGGUAUGAUAACUAAAGCUGAACAAAGCUUCAUAUUCUGUACUUUAAGCUAGAUUUCUCUGUCCACUGAAUCAUAUUCACCUAAGUAGACCUUCGUCCAUAAUAUGGUAAGCUAAGUAGCUGCCUAAAUUAUAUGAUAGGACUGCAGUAAAUGUUUCCAGUUGUUCAGCAUUAUCUUCUAUCAAUAUGAAGAUAUCUUUCUUUGAGAA